AUGAAAUUCUCUUCAAUUGCCGUUGUCCUAGCUUUAUUGGCAUCGACCACCUUGGCCGAUCCUUCUGCCAACCAAGAGAAGCGAGAUGCCACCCCAUACUAUUACUACAAGCGAGAAGCCAACGAACAGAAACGUGAUGCCGAUGCCACUCCUUACUACUACUACAAGCGAGAAGCCAACGAACAGAAACGUGAUGCCGAACCAUACUACUAUUACAAGCGAGAAGCCAACGAACAGAAACGUGAUGCCGAUGCCACUCCUUACUACUACUACAAGCGUGAAGCCAACGAAGAGAAACGUGAUGCCGAUGCCACUCCUUACUACUACUACAAGCGAGAAGCCAACGAACAGAAACGUGAUGCCGAUGCCACUCCUUACUACUACUACAAGCGAGAAGCCCAAGCAGAGAAACGUGAUGCCGAAGCCACUCCCUACUACUACUAUAAACGUGAUGCCGAAGCCACUCCUUACUACUACUACAAAC